CGCACCCAUGGCGCUCUCUCUGAGAAUUGCAAUUCGAGUGCAUUUUCCAUCACUGAUCCAUGAGGACAACAGAAAGUGAAUGCAGGAUAGAGGAUACAGCAGAGAGUGUGGUUCGAUACAAACGUGAAUGGCAGGCCAUACAUCGUGACCAACCAGCUCUUCUUUCAUUCUUGGUUUCAAGUCUUUCUCCUCUCUCUUUAUCCCACUACUACCGCAAACGCUUUCUUCCUUUCACUCUUUCUCUUGCACACUUCACAUAUCCUCGUGAUCAUUCCUUUCCUUGCCCAUCGAUUCAUUUCGAUUUCACUAGACUCGACGUCUUCUAUACCUACAUACUCAUUCCUUGAGAGUGCUCUAUCGACACAGGCUUGUCAUCGCGACUCCUUGAACGCUCAUUGCAACUGAUUCAAGAAUAAAAUACUCACUCACUCACUCACCCAUCUAAACCAAUUGGACUCCAUACUAUCCAUCUUGUUGACCAAGCUUCUCCCAUCAAAAUGAUUGCCUUCAACAACAUUCUUCUCGCAGCAUCGCUGCUUACCUGCCAUGUCAUGGCCGGCCCUCUGGCUGUAAAGCGAGAUGUCAAGACUUUUUAUGAGACUGAAUAUAUUACCGUUACUGUCACCGAGACAGUCACCGUCGGCGCCGGCGCAGCUCUGGUCACACCUCCUCCGGAUCCUGCCACGUCUUUUGCAUCCGGCGCAGCUGCCUUCCACGAGGAAUCAUCUGUGGUAUCUUCGGAUGCGUCAGAAGCACCUCCUGCGCCUCCUGCGCCCACUGACGCAGUCGAGCCACCUCCAGCUGUCCCCAAAACGGUCAGUGUCCAGCCCAAAGACACCCCAGGAUCCUCCUCUGCGAGCUGUGAAGGUACUGGUAACCUUUGUGCUGGGGACGUCACUCACUGGGAUGGAGGACUUGGAGCCUGUGGCUGGAACGUCAACACCGACUCCGAAUAUGCCAUCGCCCUUCCCCAUGGAUUGAUGGGCACUCAGUCCAACGGCAACCCCUACUGUGGACGUACGGUCACUCUGGUCAACCCCGUCUCUGGCACCACUGUGACUGCGACGGUUGGCGACAAGUGCAUGGGUUGCGAGGGUCGUGCAAUUGACUGCACCAAUGCUCUUUUCAACGCCAUCACCGACGGCAAGGGCGAUGGCCGCAUGGCUGGAAUCCAGUGGUACUUUUCUUAAACCCACUCAUUACCUACUUUGGAAAGUCCUUAGAGACUCAAACGAGCUUCUGUGAAGCUUCCUCCUUCUCAAUGCCACCCUGGAUGGAUGAUAUGAUGGAUAGAUCUGCAUUCCAGGUGUUUGCACACGACAUGGAAAUGAAAUGAUAUAACUGUGCCAUCUGAGUCGAGUACCUGCCCCAGGUAGCUCGGCCAACGUUUAUGACAUACGAUUGACGACGAUUAGACGACAUGGCAGAGGUUGGCUGGCAUAGAGAGAACACAUAACAGACACACGUGAUAGACCCAACAGAAAAUCAAUCAAAGCGUUUUUCCUGCAAGA